AUGACUCGCAAGACACGUCAGUGUCCAGCUCACGAAAUCUGGUUGGAGUCCUCGGAAAAGUCCUUCGCCUGGCCGAGGCACAACGCUUUUAUGCAGCACUAUAUAUAUAUAUAUAUAUAUAUAUAUAUAUAUAUAUAUAUAUAUAUAUAA